AUGGCCCCCGCCGCCGGCCUGCUGCUCUGGGCCCUGCUGCUGAGUCUGGGGUCCCCGGCGGCGGGGGCCCACGACCAGACCCAGACCCCGACCCGGACGCAGCAGGUCAGUUUACGCUUCGGGGGUCCCCUGACCCGCAACUACCGGAGCACCGCCCGGACCCGUCUCCCGCGGAGGACAAGGAUAAUUCUGGAGGAUGAGAAUGACGCCACGGCCAACGCCGACCGCCUGGCAGGCCCGGCCGCUGCCGAGCUCUUGGCCUCCACGGUGUCCACAGGCGACGGCCGGUCGUCCGUGUAUGAGGAGGAUGGGUCUUUGGAAGAGGGGGUUGUGAUUAAUGCCAGAAAGAAUAAGAUCAGCCUGGAGACGCCAGCUGCCACUCGCAGUACAGCAGGGGGUUCCACCACGACGUUUGUAGCUAACAGCCAGGAACCCGAAAUUAGGCUGAUUUCAGGCCUGCCUCGCUCUACCUCAAGGUCCCGGGAGGACCCGCGGGUCUCCGAGGCCACCCUGAGCCUGUGGUCGACAGCCGGGUCCACCCCAAGUCGGUGGCCGUCACCCUCGCGCACAGCCAUGCCACCUCCCGAGGAUCUGCAUCUCGUGUUGAUGCCCUGGGGCCCGUGGCACUGCCACUGCAAGUCGGGCACCAUGAGCCGGACCAGGUCCGGGAAGCUGCAAGGCCUUUCCGGGCGCCUUCGAGUUGGGGCGCUGAGCCAACUCCGGACGGAGCACCGACCUUGCACCUACCAGCAAUGUCCCUGCAACCGACUUCGGGAGGAGUGUCCCCUGGACCCAGGUCUCUGUUCUGACACCAGCUGUGCCUCUCAGACCACCACCACCACCACCACCACCACCCCCUUCCCCAGCCUCCAAGCGAGACGCCGACCCAGCCUGCCGCCCCCAACCCCCAGCCCCAGCCCCAGCCCCAGCCCCGCGCUGGCUUUUUGGAAACGGGUCAGGAUUGGCCUGGAGGAUAUUUGGAAUAGCCUCUCUUCAGUGUUCACAGAGAUGCAACCAAUAGACAGAAACCGGAGGUAA